UCUUUCCCCACUUCUACAAUUUCAAGAUGGCAACCUGUUGCUUGAGAGUGUGUAGCCGACGUUCAGUGUGAAGAAAUCGUAGUGUGUUGAAGUUUUGCGGAAGCGGUAGUACUUUUAAUUAGGAGGGUGAAUGUGCCUUCUCGUAUUCUUCGGUGUGACAGCGCAAAAUUAAUGUUAUUGGACAGAGGGAUGUGCUGAUUGUGUUCAAAGGCUUACGGGAUGAAGGCGCGUGGUUAAAGUUUGCCGACAAACAAACAAUAGGGCAAUUGAGUUGACGUUUGUAAAGAGUAAUUGUGGGCCAUGUUUUGACAGCACUGUUUCAUCUGGAAGUUACCAGAACGUUUGGCAUCGUCUGUUUUCAUUUCACCUUGAACAUUCAAACGGCUGUCUUGCAGGAUGACCCAAAAAGAUGUAUACACACAUUCAGUUUUGUUAAUCUGAUGGCCUGAAUUCCUUGUAACACGAUGCAGGAUGGAUUCUCCAGCCACCAGAUUUGGUUCCUCGGACGACGCUCCUCCACAGCCCGUGUAUUCUUCAGCUCGUUACGGCACGCCUCCACCUCCUCCGCCACAUCCUCGGCGACCAUACCUCCAGUUUCCUCCACCCCCACCUUAUCCACCCCCGGAUGAACAGGAGCGUCCUUCAGGUAACAGUGACGAAGAAGCAUCGCCGCCGCCGUAUCACAUCAAAGAGUCUCAUUUCCGAAGGCAAGAUUCUUUCCGGGAGUCCUCGUCGAUUUUAACGACGCCUUUGCCUUCCCAUUUGCUUCACUCGUCGACCAAAGGAACUGCGGGCAAUUGCACUUUUUAUAUUGAGAAUGAUUUUCCUCACGAGUCACGUUUUCAACAAGUAGCAAAUGAAUUCGACCACUUUCCUGACGGUGGUAGGAGUAACAGUCCGCGUUUCCGUGCAGCAGUGACUGAUGUGGAUGUGGAAUGCAGUCAAAACAACAUCUUGAACAAGAGUUUUUCCUCACGUGAUGAGACAAAUGGACCAGAAGGUGCUGAAUAUUCCUACGCAUAUUACGAACCUGGGCCUGCAACAAGCCAUGCCAAUUUCUUGGUUAACAACGGUGUCGUGAAUUCCCAGUCCGACUGGGGCAGCAGACACACUUACAUGACUCGGUACGGUACAGAGGAGAACAUUUAUGAAGAGAUAAGCGAAGUCGCCACGAAGCGUUCGCAGUUUGCAGAGCAGGAUCGCGUCCACAGUCAUCGCCACCGUCAGCAGCAUAGGCAGAAUCACCGAUAUCCACUGUCCGUGAACCAGAGUGUCCUGGAGGAGGAGGUCAGACGUGUUCAGUCCCGCCACCGCCGUGUUCUGGGCGAAUUAAACCUGGCAGUUGAAGCCAUGCUGAUGCCGCCAACAUCUCGAAGAGAUGAAGAAACUAUGGACAAAUGCAGCGCGUCUUCAAACAAGGGCGCAGGUCCUCCUGACUUACUGGAAGAUUUGCUGCUUUCUGUUGGACCCACCGACGAACUUUUAUCUCCGGCAAGUUGUGGCACUGGCGGAGAUCAUGACAGUGGUUUCAGCGGCAGUUCAGGGACCAGUUAUGGUUUCAGUGGUUGUAGUGGCGCAAGCUAUGGCACCAGUGUCAUGAACGGAAGCAGUGUGAGACGGCACUGUGGCCAAAAGGUGUCUGGGUCCUCGCAGAGCAUCCCUCGGACAGUGGGCGCUAAUCCUUCUGCUAGCGCAGUGUCUGCAGACGUGUGUUGUUCGCCUUUGCUAAACCGCCGUGCCGUCAAGGGUGGUGCGGGUUACCUGAAAUUCAUCAAGUCGCCAGAUUCUGCAGCUCAACAGCAAAAUAAACAGAAUCAGCUGCAACAGCAGCAGCAGCAGCAGAGCCACAGUGGAUUUUUUGGACGCAUGGGAUGGAUUCGUUUGCCGGGGUUUGGCAACAAUAACACCAGUAAAGAUGAGCCACGGAUGCGGUCAGGUUCAUGGGACGACACUGGAAAUGUGGUUGGGCAUGUUGUUGGUAACUCUGGAUCUGACAUUUCUCAUCACCAAUUGGACCAAUCCCAACGCCCAGUGAGUUGUGAAGAGAGCUGGUAUUCGGGAGGAUCUGACCAAGAACUGUCAUCUGGUGAUGAGAGUGAGAAAAGCGGACACUUGAUCACGAAAAGCAAUGGCCAGUUGAAGACAACUCUUCAUAAAGCCCGCACACUGUGUGACAAGUGGAGAGGAGGGGGGAGGCAGCCCUCAGAAGCCAACUGUGCACCACAACCUGGAGGUGAUCCUGCAGGACAGGGCCGCUUGUCACGCUGGUUCUCAAUUCGUCGGGGAUCGGCGAACCAGUAUGAUGUCGAUAAUACAGACAGGGCAGCUGGUAGUGGCAAGAUGCCCUUGUUACCAGAAAUGGAAGAGGAAUCAACUACAAGCUUCGCCAAUUUGUCAUGUGCAUUCCAGCGACGGCAGGUGCCUCCCUCCUUGUCUGCUCCUCCUGCUGGGCUCACCCCUCAGCAGCUUAAAAGGCGGCACAUUGUGCCAGCCAUAGUUCAUAGUGAGAACUCUUAUGUAGCUACUCUUCAGAGACUUGUCAAUGAUUAUAAGAAGCCCUUAGAAGAGAGUAACCCACCAAUACUUAGCAGCUCUAAGAUAUCAACAUUAUUCCAUCGCUUGCCGGAGAUAUUACAGUGUCACACGUUAUUCCGAAUCGCUCUGGCGGAGAGUAUACGCAACUGGGAUCGUGAUGAAAAGAUAGGAGAUGUCUUUGUGGCAAGCUUUUCCAAAGCAAUUGUUCUUGACAUCUAUAGUGGGUUCAUCAACAACUUCUCUGUGGCGAUGGAUCUAGCAAAGAUGGAGGCCAAACGCAAGUCAGCACUAGCUGAUUUCCUGAAGGUGAAGCAAAUCAGUGCUCAUGAUCGUUUGUCCUUCUUUGGGCUCAUGGUAAAGCCUGUGCAGAGAUUUCCACAGUUUAUUUUGUUUCUGCAGGACCUACUGAAACACACGCCACAAGGUCAUCAUGACCGCAUGUCUCUACAGUUGGCCCUCACGCAGCUUGAAUCUCUGGCUGAGAUGUUGAAUGAGAGAAAGAGGGAAGCCGAACAGUUUCAGGCAUUUAAGGAGAUGCUUCGACACAUCAGUGGCAAAUUUGCUGCCAGACCACUGUCUGAUGGCAAUCGCUAUCUUCUCAGGGAAGACAAUGUCACACAACUGGAAUUCAAUCAAGCAGGCAUGAUCACGAAGUCAAAAAGUCGUCGCCUGCUGCUUCUGAAUGAUUUGGUUGUGUGUGUUGCUGUUGCACCCAAAGCGUCUGAUGAUUUUGGUAACAGUGAACGUCUCAGCCUCAAGUGGACCUAUCCAGUUACAGAUAUUGAGGUUCAAGACACAAGUGCCUCCCCGACACUGAGCCGCCUUCUGACAACUGGUAUGAAUCGUGGGAGUAGCUUGAAGUCAGACCGAAGUUCUAACUCUGUAGAAUCGUCGUCAAACACGGUUGGAGUGGAUAACUUGUGUGCUGAGAUGAACAACCUUAUGCAUGACUUUGAAGUAGUCAGUCGCAUUGCAGAUCUUGUGUCCACUCUCAAGGGCUCUUACAAGGAACUGAGUGUGGAAGGGACGAGGCGAAUACUGAACACCAUUCAAAGUUCAAUUCAGCAAAAGGAUGAGGAGAUGGCUUGGGUUGAUUCCUGUUGCCUGCAACUUGCUGUGAAAGGUAAAUCUAACAAGGAGGAGAUCUACACUUUCCACACAGAUAACCCAACAGUGAAGAAAGAAUGGAUCACAGAAUUGAGGUUGGCUCAACUGGCACUAGACCCCAACAAUUCACCAGCCUGGGAAGUACCUGAACAGGAGCGGCGACCAUCUACUAAGAUGCCUUUGUUUGUCAGAGCUCAGUCAGUAUAUAAGUCACAGCAUCAAACUGAAGUGCGCUGUGGCUGUUUCUAUGUGACAAGUUCGUCAAAACCAACACGCCGGCGGUCCCGCAACAACAGUUAUCUUUGGGUCUGUACAACAGAUGGUGCUAGUAGUCACAUAGCAAUUUUGGCACAGCAACAACAACAGGCGGGAAUAUUGAAAGAUGUCGGGGCAUUUGACUUGGUUGAGACCAAAGUCACUGCUAUGGAAUUUGUACGGGGCUUUUCUGGAACAGCGAGAGGUCUUGGUGGUGAUACCGUGUGGAUGGGGACUGACAGUAGACGGUUACUUCUUUAUGCAGCUAGUGAACCACAGAAACAAGAAGAAGUUGCUAGCUGCACAGUGUCUGCGGUGAUAGUUCAGAUCCGAUGUCACUACGACUGUGUGUUUGUUGCUCUAGCAAAUGGAAGCCUCUUACAGUAUACACGUAAUUCACAUGAUGGCUCCUGGGUGCUGAAAGAUCCGCAGACUCUGACUCUGGGGACAGAUCCCGUCUCAUGCCUUCUCCCUAUUAACAUGUGUCUGUAUGCAGCAUGUGGAAAGAAAGUGUGGGUCCUCAGUGCCUUGACAGGCGAAAUACAGAAAAGCUUCAGUGUCCAACAUGAACAUGUUGGUAAUGUGAAUCUGAUGGCCCAUUCUGGCAUAGGAUUGUGGAUAUCUCUUAAGAAUUCCAGCACCAUCUGCCUCUACCACACAGAAACAUUCAAACAUCUUCAGGACAUCAAUAUAGCUUCAAAUGUGCUUCGUGUCACGUCUCCAUCUUCAGGUUCAAAUAACUGCAGUAAUCGAGAUUGCGUCAACAAUAAUCGCUCGUCUGUAACUGUUACUGCGCUCAUGGCUUGUAAAGGUUUGCUUUGGGUUGGAACCAAUGUCGGAAUAAGUUUGACAAUUCCUUUGCCACGACUGGAAGGCGUGCCUAUUAUCAGCGGAAGAGUGAACAUUUCAUACCAUGCACACUUUGGUCCCAUCUCUUUCCUGUUAGCUUUACAGCCAAGGAGUACAGGAGUCAGUUUCCAUUCACCAAAACCUCAGGAAGAAGUUGAAGUUGUAGAAGAUAAUGGAAAGGAAGGUAAUGAAUUGGAAAACCAAGAGGAACCAAUUGAAAAUGUAGCAUCUAAAUUAAAACUGGAGAAACAGAUCUCUGAUACUUCUGUAUCAAGCAGCAUUGCAGCCAAAUUGAAGCAUCAGUUGACCAGCAGCCCUGUAGUGUUAAGGCGUCGCAAACACAAGGAAUCUGAUUUGAUAACGCGACGUACCUCUAAGACGUUGCCUCGGGGCUUGGGAUGUGGUGGGGGCUUAUUGUCCGCUUCCACGACAUCAUCCCAAGGCUCUGGUGACACAUGUGAUGUUUAUGGUCUGUAUGGAGAACUGAUGUAUGUCAAGGACUAUGAAGGUGAGGAUAGUGCUUUGAAUGGUGGAACUGAUCCAAUCUAUGAAUCUCUUCGACGUAGUGAUCCAGAAUUGGCGGCAAUUCCCGGUAAAGUUAGCACAUUAGAUCGCCGAUUAAGGCUUAAAGCAAGUCGUCCACGGUCAUUAGAUCUCUCAAACUGGUCGGUCGACUCUCGCUCUUCAUCUAUGUAUACAUCCUCUGGAUCUGAGGAGACGCUGCCUUUCAGAAAUGGUGGUGGGAGCAGAAAUGUUUCUAGGCAUGGGAGCAACGUGAGUUCAUCUGUCCAAGAUACGCGUGGGUCUGCUGAUGUUACCCCAAAUGUUCCCAUUGAAUCACCUGUAGAUCUUCCUAUUUCUGCAGUUGAACCAAGUUCAAAACCUACACAUAAAGGUGCUGCAACACCUGUAGACACUUCACGUAGAACCGUGAUUACUCUCAUGGGUGGCCGAGGGUAUGUAAACUGGAGGCAGGCAUGCUGUUACACUGCUGAUGGUAAGAACAAACAUUUCUCUAUGUCAUAUCCAGAGCCAAAUAGUACUGAUGCUCAUAUUGUGAUAUGGGAGAUGAAAUUGUGAUAUCUGCUGACAUUGAAUGUCACCAUGUUAAUUACUCUGUUCUUCUGUUUUACACUUUGAAUGCAUGCCUUACAAUUCAUUAUUGCAUCAUUGUGUUGUAGUACUAUUGUGCAGCCCACUCGGAUGAGAAAUAGGACAGGGUACAGAAGAUAUUUUGUUAUAAUAGAUAUGUACAACUCAAAUUAUCUAUCUUACUUUGACUGUUUUGAUAAAUAUUGAAUUUCAGGGAUAAUGUGACAUUGAAGAUUCAUAAGUAUAAUUCAUUGCAAUGCAAUGCAGUACAUGACAUUUGUAUACUUUGCACUUUGAAACUACCCCUUUUGAAAUGUAAUCUUAAUGGGUAAAAUUGCUCCCAAAAGAGAAGUGUUGGUGGAAUUAAGUUCUUUCACUAACACUACUUGUGGGGAUGUUGCUUCAUCACUUGUCUGUUCUUUAAUUCACAGUAUAUGUGAACAUUUUCAGUCUACAAACUGAAACAUUUCAAUGUAAACUGUUUCUUAAUGUAUGACAUACUGGCAUACUUGAUGUAAAGAAUGCUCCUACUUCGUACAAAUUUUAGAGUGUUGAUCUUCAUUUACAGUGCCUUCAGAUUUUUGUUGGCUCUUUGUCAGCAAAGAAGGUAUUGAAUCUAAAAUAAUUUAUUUUCCAGUGUACGUGUUUUUUUAACAUUGCACUUUAUCUCUUGACAUUUAAGAAGGUAUUGUCUAAAAAAUGCAUUUACCAUUUUAGAUACAUGUUAUUUUUACUUAUUCACUGUCCAUUUCAUGUCCCAGUGAUGCUCAAAGUAGGCUUGUAAUUUAUAUUCUUGUCUGCUAUUUUUAAUUGGAAAAUAUGUGGAGCCCUAUUUUUAAUGGCCUUGCGAUGUAAAAAGAUAAAAUGUUUCUGUGAAUAUUUUAUAAAUUGAAAUCAUUGUGUGGUUAUAUUUGCAUCUUUGCAUGACCAAAUACCCAAAGAGUUGUUUCUUAUUGUUUUGAAUGGUAAAGCAGCAUGUUGUUUAAGGACUUUAUUUUGCGUAGUUCAUUCUGUGAAUUACAAAUAUUGAUAAGAUUGUUCUUGUUAUUUGUAAAGGGUUUAUAUAUUCCGGUAUGAAGCAAAGCCUAAUGUUUUCCGGCCUUUCGAAAGGUUGCUUCUUAGAUUCAAUUUUGUAAUUGUGAAACCGGUUAAAAAGUCAUUCAUCAUAAAUUACUGUUUCAUUGUGCUGUUAUUCAAGUUAGUGCACAUUCCACUAUUGUCGCUUCCUUAAUUCCCCUCAGUAUGUGUAGUUCCAUAUUUUAUUAUUUGAUCAAGAAAUGUCAUGGAUUGACUAAUCAGGUUAGAAAGGUAUCUCAUAAGUAAUUAAAUAUGUUGAGGAUUUAAUUCAGAACCCGGUGGUAUCCUUUAUGACCCCGCAUACGUAAAAUGAGAGGGACAGCAGGACGUUUAGGUUCAUGGAAACUGACAUGUAGACAUAUUUGCUGGCAACAUCUUCAAGGUAAGUAUGAAGGAAAUCUGAUGAAAAGUUACUUCUGUACAUGCUAGUCAUUAAUUCAUUUCAUUUUGAAUGUACCAGUUAGAUUAUAUUAUUGAUGCCAUAUGUUUAAUUUACUCUGUAUUUUCUUCUUGAAUACAUGAUGUUCAUUAAUGCAGCUUUUGUUUUUAUUGAAACCAAUAGAAAUCUAUCAUUGUUUGAUUUCAGUUUCUCAGUAGCAAAUUUUCUUUUUCUCAAGUUUUGUGUUUCUUUGCCAAUUUAACCUAAUUUAUUAAGUUUUGAGAUGCAUUGCACUCAAAGAGUUGUUUAUUUUUAAAUAUGCUUCCAUCAUGAAUCCACCAUGAUUAUUCUUAUGGCAGUUACAGUACUGAACACAAACUAAAUCAUUAUUUGGUUAGAUAUUUGAUGAGUGACUUUUUUAAACUACAGUACAGCUGUUAUUUAUCGAACGUAAAACCUCUAUGUCUUGUGUAUUUGAUACAUUUAAACCCUCCGCACUCUUUAAAAAAUAUAUGAUUCACAUCCAUAUUGGAAUGAAAUACUGAAUUUAGAAUUCAUUAUAUUUCUGGGCUCUAUAUUGUUAGGCUUGAAUACUGGGCUUUCUCUACAUUAUUAAAACAAUUCUAAAUAAGCCAUGUGGAGCAGGUUGAGCAAAAUUUUAGUUCUAAAUACCCGUAUUAUUUAUAUUGACUUCUUGCAUCUGACAUGUUAUCAAAAUUGUAAUUGAAGUCUUAAAAUAUAAUAAUAUAGUCUGGUCUGUUGGAGUCUGUUUGAAUCUCUUCCCCAGUUGCAUUUCAUUCCCAUGUGGGUGCAGAUUUUCUCAUCUAUGAAUUAGUGUUUCUGCAUUGCCAGAGGAAAUUUGAAUGUAUAUCGGGAAAGCUGUGAAAUAUUUGUGAACAGAAUACAAUUUACUAAGAAACACUAGAUGACAGCAAAGGUCAUGCUUACAAAUGUUCAAGAGUCAUUGUAUUAAUUGUUGUUGAGGAAGCAAUUUGGAUUUGUAAUGUUCAGGAAGGAAUCAGUUAUCUAAACUUUGAUGCUAAGAAAAUGUUCCAGUUGCAGUAAAAUGUUAUUUUUAUUUGAAGCAAAAAUUUCUAGAAUUUUUGUGUAUGUUAAUGUUGUUUUCUGAGAUGCAUUGUUACAUUACUUUCCCAGGUGCUCUUUCCAUUUAUAUUUACAAAUUCUUACAAAAUACAAUGCAUUGAUUGUAUGUAUGUAUAUUUAUAAACAACCAUGUUCCCAUAAUUAUAUAAUAAUUCUUGGUAAUUUAUAGUCGGUGCAUGUAUCUGAAGUUCAGUAGGAGGUUCUGUUGCAUAGCUACAAACAAAACCUUGGAACCAAAGUGAAGUUAUAGGCUACUAAUCAGAACAGUGCAUGUCCUAGUAGAAAUAAAAUACUACAAUACAGAAAUACCUUGUAAUUAUUUUUGUAUUAUAUAUAUAUAUAAACAAUGUUUACUUACAUUUCUUGGAGAUCUGUAAUGCCCACUAUUGAUAUGCCUGUACCUGUUUGUAUUGUAUAUUGAAUUGUUUAUAAUUUAAAGGAAAUGACACUCAGAUAAUUUGCAGUACCAUACCUUUUCCUGUCUUUGUUCAGCAGAUGCCAUUAUUGUAAUAAAUAAUUUGGUAUGAUUCUCUU